AUGGCUUUGCGCCGUUAUGGCCGCGCGCCGUUUUGGGCGUAUCCCAGGGAAAAGCGACUGCUGCUUUUUUGUUUAUUUCUUAACUUUGCCUGCUUUUUUUCUUCUCUUUUUGCAACACACUUAAAGCUUUUAGUUUAUUCUUUCUUCAAUUUUUGCUUUUUCUUGUCCCUUCUCGACCGAAAUUUUUUUUUGUUUUGGUCACGCCAAAAUUAUAUAGGGUCAUCAAGUAUAGAAUUAAAUUUAGUUAGUCGAUGGUCUUAUAGUUUAUAUUUAUUUUUUGUGAUUCUUUGGCCUUAUUACCUCUAAUUUUCUUUUUUUCUGUUAUAAAUUAGAUAUAUAUAUAAUUAAUUUUUUGGUUCGAAUGUCGAGAAGAUAAAUGCCCCUUUUAAUGCUCAAAUAUACCUAGUCGAGGUUGUCUAUCGACUUUUAGGAUAUAAGUGUUCCUUCGCGGUACAUUUCAAGCCCGAGUAGGCACAAAGCCAUAACUUGCUUCAAGAUUUCCGAAUCUUAUCAAUUUUAGUAUUAAACGAUUCCUCUCAACGAGCUAAAGAGGUUGGAUCAAAAUUGAUAAGGGUCAGAAAUUUUUAGGAUAGUCCCUACCCCACUGACUUGCUUAUUGCAUAUCAGGAGUGUGCUGUUAAGUCUUUUGAUAGAUUUAGGCCUUUUGCAUUUUUUUUUAAAUUAAUUUUCGCAUUUUUACCUUUCGUGUUUUUUAUUUUAAAAUCAGUUUUGGCAUAUUUUUGUUGGAUAUAUUUUCACAAAAUACCCUUCCAGUGUACUUCCUUCUUCACUGUAAUCGAGUUGACUUUCAUUAAUUUACUGUCAGUUAAAUUUUUAAAUUCUCGACUUUAAUUGUUUAACGUUUAAAUACGGUAUUUCUUCUAAUAGUACGACCGGAAUGUUUAUUUUUCAACCUACCUCUAGAGGCUCAGUUUAUUAGAAGAGUAUGGUCUAAUAGAAAGAGUCGCACUAUUAGAAGAAAUACGUAUAUUUAUUUUUGCUUUUUUGAACAAUUUUUUCUUAAAUACUUAUCAAUGUUACCCAGCCAAUCCUUAAUUUUAAACGGACCUUUUUCAUUAAAAAUGUCUAACUACACAAUUAAUUUAAUUUCUAAAUUGGGUUCUUCAAGAUCAAUCAGAAAAAUCUCUUUUUUCUUCUUAUUUUUAUUUAUUCAUCCCCAUUCAGCCGACCAAUUUCUCCCUUCAUCCAAAAAGCAGAGGUCAUUUUUUGCUUUUCGUGUUCCCAAUCUUUUUUUAAAGAUCUUGUCAAUUUUUAACGACCGGCUUCAACAAAAAAAUCCUUCGCUUUUUAUUUACACUAAAAUCUUUUUUAAAAGCUUUUGGUAUUCGC